AAUCAAAGCGAGAAUUGUUUUGAGUCAGGCAUAUCUGUGAAAUGCCGUAUAUAUAUUUGGCUCGUGCUUAACUGUCUCCCCUCCGGAUCAGUGGUACAGUCUCACAGAUUUCAUUCAUAAAAAUCUGCCUCGCUAUAAAGAGAAGCAGCGUUGAUGGCUGGUGCCUCCUAGCGUAGUAACCUCAAUCUAGAUUUUAAAAUAAAUAAAAAAUAACCCUGAAGAAUAGCAUUUGGUGACAUUAGUCACAUAUUAAUCUGGUUCCCAGCAUCUCCUGGAGCGAUCUAGCAGAAGUGAUGCCUAAAAUCGCGAGUGUUUCGCAGGUGUCUGAAGAACAGCUGCUGCUCACAUCAGCUUCUGAGAUGAAGGAUACGCAGAAGACAGGUAUUCUGAAGGAUGCUGAUGCUCCCUUUGUUCCAACGGUCACUGCUGUAGCUUCAGCUCCAGAUCUCAAGUGGAUGGUCCUGUUGACUGACAUCUCUUCAGUGUCGCCCUGCAGACACGAGAAAUCACAGAGCUCAUCUCCCUCCACAGAUGCCAAACCGGCUCGAAAAACCUUCACUGGCCGGAGGAAGGGGGUGAAACAUCAGCUUUCUCCAGAGGAAGAGGAGAGAAAGAGGAUCAGAAGAGAAAGGAAUAAACUCGCAGCCGCCAAGUGUCGAAAUCGCAGACAAGAGCUAACCAACAGCCUCCAAGCUGAAACCGAUAGUCUCGAGGAGGACAAAGCAGCUCUACUGUCUGAGAUCGCCAAUCUGUUAAAGGAGAAAGAACGACUCGAACUCAUCCUCUCUGCUCACAAGCCCCAUUGUAAACUCACAGAGGAGACGGUGGCAGAGAGUGAGGAACAAACCCAAGCCCAGAAGGAGCAGAUUCAAGCUCGCAGCACCUCCCCAGAACAGGUGCCCACCUCCCCUCAGCAGGCCGACCCCACCAGCACUGCGAUCUUUGGCGACUCCGACAUCCUUCUGUGCUCCAGUGCCGAACUGGGCGCCGCUGAAGUGGAACCGUACAUCGAUAUGCGAGAUGUGUCCAUGGAAGAUUUUAGCGAGGUGAUUGACAGCAGUGAUGACAUGGAUCUGUUAGUGCCAGAUAUUGACCUCACUAGCUCUCUGGGUCUGAGCGAAUGGGAAACCCUGUACAUGUCAAUGGGUGGCGGGUUGGAAGCUCUCAGCUCGCCUACAUGCAGCCCCACCUGUAGCAGCACCAACGCCGUGCCCGUCUUCAGCUUCAACAAUGCAGAUGUGGAGAAGCAUGACAGUGGGAAAGAGGGCAAAUCUAAUGCAGCCAAAGAAAUCUCGACGACUUUAUGAAGCUUCUGGCACAUCAUUCUUAUGAAUAAAGGUUCCAAAAUGGAGUUUCCACAGUGACCCCUCCCCCCC